AUGAUGGCAGCUGCCCCGCACGAGCUCGUGCUUCAGGGCUAUUUACACAAGCAGAGCAAGCACUUGAAGAUCUGGCGCAUUCGCUACUUUAUGCUUACAAAGAAUGAGAUCACGUACUCUACUAAAUCUGGCCGCAAGCCACGAUUGCUGCUGUCGCUCGGACACGUCCAAGUGAUUGACGACCAGAACCGCGUGCGUCAUGCUGGCAACUUUGUCUUUGUGCUGCAGACAUCAAAAAGGAAGUUGUUCUUGAGUGCGACGACAGAACAGGAGCGGCGCCACUGGGUGACGGAGAUCCGCCGACUUCUAUCAAGAGCCGAGGAAUCAGCUGUUGCUGGCUGGAAUCCGUCUGGCGCAUCGAAAACCCCACUUUUGGCAACAAAUAGCAUGUCGAAUCGCUGGAUGAAUUCACACAGACGCGCAUCGAAAGAGCGGCGUGCAGAGAGGCGGCGUCAACAGCUUCCUAAGCUGAGGCGCACGUACACUGAGGUAUGGCGGGACGAGGUACUUCCGCUGCCGAGCGGUGGAACACGUGACGACGUACCGCUGCUUCACGCUCUGUGUUUUGCAGGCAUUCCCAAGGAAUUACGCGGCCGUGCUUGGGCUUGGAUACUUGGAAACACACUACAAGUCAACGAAGAUCUGUUCAAAAUCUGCAAGGCUCGAGCUCAGGCUGUGCUGAUGGAAAUGUCGUUGAAGCGAAAUGUGGAUCAUUCAAUGAUUGAGACGCCGACGGUUAGCCCAGGUGAUGCAAGCAUCAUUUUAGAGUCGCCAGUAAGGAGCGAUUCUAAUGUGAGCAGCGCUUCGUCUGCCUCUGGCACCACAGUGGAAGACGUGGAGGCGUCACUGGUCAUUGACGACUCUGAGACGUCGCAAGUCACUGACGAUACUGCUUCGGCUGCAGGGGAUGCGCCAACAGUGAGAGACCCGCUGUUGAUUGGUAUCAGCGAUCAGAAACGAGCCCGUCGAUCGUCUACCGUGCUUCCCGUGCAGAAUAUGUUGCAUGAUGCCGUUGGCAUUGCGGAGAUGCUUGUCGCGCAUGGCGAGCGUAGCAUCAAGCUGGUCAAUGUCGACAUGCCACGUACAUUUGGCCACCACCCGCUAUUUCAGCCUGGCGCGGAGGGUACCGAGCGCACAACUGAAGUACUGGAGGCCUACAUUUGCUAUCGACCUGACUUGGGUUAUGUGCAGGGUAUGAGCUACUUGGCGGCCACUCUGUGCUUUCAUAUGGACAGCUUCACUGCUUUUAAGGCGUUGGUCGCCCUGAUGAGUUCAAGUUUGCUUUUCGACAUGUUUCGUCUUGAAGCAACGCGGACAUUUCAUUAUAUCGACGUGUACAACCAGAUUUUACAAUACGAACUGCCAGCUUUAGCGGCACACUUUCAAGAGACCGGUAUUGAUGCACAAAUGUAUGCUGUGGACUGGGCACUGACACUGUUUACCCGGAGUUUACCACUAGACCUCGCAUUGCGUGUCUGGGAUGUCUACGUGCUUUUGGGCUCGCCAUUCUUUUUCCAGGCUAGUAUGGGUUUGUUGUCGCUUUUCCAGGACUCACUGUUGGCAAUGGAAGUACAAGACAUGAUGCGGCUGUUGCACAAUUUCCCAAGAACCACAUCAUCGCAGGAGCUGUUUGCGGCCAUUUCGUCCGUGAGUCUCUCUUGUCGAGAAAUCACGGAUUUGCUGGCUGGUGGGAAGCUUUGGUCACCCGACGAGGUUCGGCAGGUACCUGUGAAGUAUCCCGACACUUACGACUGA